CUCCAGUCCCAGUGGCACUUCAUACGACACGUGCACAGCUGCUCAUUUCCAUCGUCUUUAUCUAAAACUCGGGCACGGUAUACGGGCCGUGGCUGACAGCCCGAGCCGGUCUCGGGCCUCGUUCCGUCCAAGAAGCUGGCCGGAAACAAUCCUGGCUCAGCUCACGAUUUCGCGGGACUGAACCAGUGGUGUACUCAAAUGCUGGCAUCUUCUUAGUCGAGCUUUCCACAUCAGGAACACGCUGAAGUCGAAUCACUCUCAUCUCAUCGCGAGGGUGGACGCCCACGCACGACGUUCUGCAAGCAUGCUUCCUGGUCUCAGCGAUGCGGCCUCUCAUUUGCGGCACAUGCUGUUCCGGUAUGACGCACUGCGCUCGAUCGCGCCGCGCGGCGACGCUGAGUACGAUGCUUGGCUAGCCGUGCGAUCACGGGAUCUGGUUGCGUACAAUCAGCUCUACGCGCUAUUGGCUCCCAGCCUUCUGCUUUGUGCGGGGCUGUGCCUGUUGCGAGUGGCCUUUGUACGCGGCGUGCUCAUGUGGGCCGAUGCCGGCUGGGGCUUCAGCGGCCGCAGCAGUAGCACGGCUACUGCCAAGGGCGGAGAGGUGGAGCGACCGGGUGCAACAGUAGCUAGCGCUGAGAAGGAUGGGGCGAACAUGGCUACCCCUGGUGCUGCCGCAGCUGCGGAUCUGGAGCUGCGAUGGGCGGAAGGUUUUUGGACGGCUACGGGUGGCACGGUGUUGCUGGUGUGGAGCUGGCGCUGCGUCGUGACCAGCAAUGGCGGCUGUCCAGGUCUGCCGGGUCUGCUGGACACGUCCACGUGUCUGGCGGGCUGGCCGCUGCUGCCUGUGGAGCCCGCAGUCAGGAGGUACUACUCUGCCGAGCUGGCCUGGUACCUACACCUGCUGCUCAAACACCGCCUGGGUGUGGGGCUGCACGACAGCGGACUGAUGGUGGCACACCACGUGGCCACCGUGUACCUGCUGCUGCUGUCGUACUGCUUCAGCCUCACGCGAGCGGGUGUGCUGCUGCUGGCGCUGCUGAACCUGUCAAGCCCUCUCCUGCACGUGUCCAAGAUAGCGCACGCCGCGGGGUUGAAGCGCCUGGCGCUCGUGUCCUUCGCCUCCUUUGCCGCGGUGUUCGCCGCGUCCAGGGUGGUGCUGUUCCCGCUCAUCUUCCUGCCGCUGGGCCUCGUCAGCUCCCAGCGCCACAUCGGGCGGCUGCUGCAGCUGUACCCCCUCACAUUCGGCAUCGUCAAUACCCUACUGGUGGCGCUGGUGGCGAUGCAGUGGGGCUGGUUCGUGGCCAUCGUCAGGAUCAUCCGCCACGCAGCCAGCGGCGACACGGCCCGACUGGCCCGGUCUGCGGCGCACAUGGAGGCGGCGGCGGCGGCCAGGGACUCAUCCCCGGAGAGCUCCGAUGCGGCGAUGGUGGUCGCGCGGCACAGCCAGGGCUACCAACUGUACGCCUCAGCAGGCGCUGCUGGCAGUAGCAGUGCAGGAGUGGCUGGCGAGGGCGGCUGCGCGGCAGUAGCAGCAGCUGCUGCGGACACCGGGGCCGGGGGCCGUGAUCUCAUCGGCAGUAGCACAGGCGUUAGUGCCGCUGGUGACAGCAGCAGCACUGGGCUAGCCGGCAGCGCGGCAGCCGCGGCGGAGGUUGGCUGGUUGCGGCCGGCAGUGGGCCCGGCGGCAGCGUCGGACGCUGCUGCCGGCAGGGUGGCAGUAGCAGCCACCGCAGCAGCCCGGCAGGAGGGCACCAGCAGUGAAAAGCAGCUGGGGCUUGGGGUCACUGGGCAUGCCUGGCAGGUGCACGCAAGCAGCGGGUCAGGGGCAGCGACGGCUGCGGUGGGGCCUCGAGCGCUCAGUGAGCCUCUUAUCAGAUCUCCUGGAGGGUCCUGUGGCGAUGCGUGCAUUCCUGCUGGAGUCGGCCGUGGCGUGCCGCUGUCCAGCUGUGGCAUGUCAGACGGUGCCGUGGCCGCGGGGCAACAGCGGCAGGUGGUGAGCGGAAGCACCGCAGCCACGCCGCAUUCACCAGAGCGGAGCGGCCAGCUGCUGAGCAGGACGCCACCCGGGUUGCGGCUGCGUGCCUAGCCACUAGCUGGGCAGACAACUACCGUGUUCUAGUACUGCUGAGCGCUGUGAGUUUGUGUCGCCGUGCGUGUUAGUUUGGUUAUUGUGUGUGUGUGAAAAACCCUAAAGCAUAUGUACUGAGCAUGGUGUCAGAGCUUUUGCGCUGUCUUUGGGAUUUGUUGUGAGGUUGUGUGCACACAGUUCAGGUGUCCCGGUGGGAUUGGGUCUGGGCGGCUGGACGCCGGCGCUGCUGGUGUCCAUAACCGACCGGCUGGAAACAGAUUCUGUGAUUCGAUGGCGUGCUCCAGUGAUGUACGGUACUUUCGUUGCUGUGUUCAGACGAAUUGCUGUUGUUGCCGUGAUUUCAUGAUUGACCAGGGCUUGUUGAAGUUUGCUGCUUUGUGCUUACGUAUUGCUUUGUGCUUACGGAUAGGCACAUCACUUGGAUGAAUAGCCGGCCGGUGCAUGUGCGUGCCGGCGUGUCCCCACGGAGAACUGCACUGAGGGUCGCAGCUGGACGAAAAGGUGCGCGCGGUGAACAUUUCGGCCGCGUUGCUGUAAAUUGAGGCUCGUAAUUGACGUACUUAAACCCUGGUAAGACCGGCACAGCUGCUGUGCCGCACUGCUGUACGCACGUGGUUAGGUCACUGAUGUACUGAUAUGGCUGGCAGGCUCUGCACCCACUGUGAGCUGAUACGAGCAGAAUGACGCAAUGGGACGCAAUGCCGUCUCCGCAGACCGGCAGACGGCAUUGCUUCAAGGUGCCACGACCAGUUGAUCACCAUUGCAACAUUAACGGGCGGGCGGGCGGGCGGGCGGGCGCAUUAGCCAAGCAGUGUAUGUUGUCCAGCCGGCGUGUAUGGCAGGGCUCGACGCGGCAGCCGCUGCACCCUACGGGACUUCACCAACCUGCCUUAACAUUUAACACU